UUUAUCUCAUUUUAUUUAGCUAAGUUAUAAAAUUCAAUUUAAAUUAAGUAUCUCUCGGAUUUAGCUGGAUUUUCCACCCGAUAUUUUAACCUUUGCCAAGUGAAAUAAUUCUUUCAUCGUUUGUUUCUUACGGAAAGAACUUUACUAGUUCAAGUGAAAAUAGAACAACAAUGCAUGACCUUUUUGCCGAGUUUGAGACAGUUACACCGGAUUUGUGGACGAACAAUGAGAAAGAAUAUUUAGAAAAGCUACUCAAAUUACCAAAUUGGCUACGGAUUCCUUUGAUAAACUCGAAUGCUUCGCACAACUUGUCGGAUGGCGCGCUCGUACGGUUCAGGGGUAUGAUCCAGGACAUGCACAACCCAGAGUUCUUCUUUGAAAGCUUUGAAGUAUUCAACACCGCUACAAAUGAGUGCAAAAUCAAAUCUGGAAAGUACAGGGAUACUGCUGAUGUGCUGGAACAUGAGAAAAUAAACUACACAGAAAACUUAAAAAGCUCUCAACGUCAAACUAUGGUAGUUGUAUCCAUGCCAGGUUUAAGUGACUGGGCGCAGACAGUGGAAAACCAACAGAAUCACUUGAAGCACCUGGAACACCAACCAAACACGUCCAGACGUUGCGCACAGAGCUCCGCAACCAAACUGAAACGCAGUUACAAUGAUACUGAAGAUGAUAUGGAUAUGGAAGUGGUUGAGAAUGAAACCAAGGAGGCUAGAACUAGUGAACAUGUCAAUAAUGGGGGGAAUGUGGUUUCUAGAGAGCAUUUAUUAAAUUUCCCUUUACCAGGUGUCUCAAGCAAAUCAUGUAUUGUCAAGAUUUACAAUGAAGAUGCAGCACUGAAACUGAAUGAAAUGGUAGAAGUGAUUGGCUUCCUCUCUGUAGACCCGGCUCUUAGCGGAGAGUUCCAGCCCGAAAACAAUGCGCUAGUGGAACCUAAUGUAGAGAGUGAGGCCGAGCUCAUCACACACAAUCCACCACCAAGCUUAGUGCCGAGAGUUCACGCUGUUUAUGUCAAGAAGUUGGACCACUGUAACCCACUGCUGAAAGAUGAAUUUGAUCAAGGUGCAGUAUUAAGAGAGGCUCAGACAGCACGGGACCAUCUACAGAAAGCCCUCAAGGAGCUGCUGCUGGGUGAUGAGCUUGCAGCGGAGUAUUUGAUAUGCCACCUUAUUGCCAGUGUGUACCUUCGUCAAGACACCCUCACACUGGGCCAGUUCUGCCUCAACAUCUCCAACCUGCCUACACAGAGGUACCCGGACUACGCUCAGCAACUGUACAAUAUCAUCAAACAGUUCGUCACCAAGAGCUACUACCUGCCGCUGACUAUUGAUAAUAUGAACACUAUGUCGCUUUUGCCCAAAAAAGACUACGAAUGCAACCGCCUAACGAGCGGCGUGCUACAGCUCAGUAAAGACACGAACCUAGUGCUCGACGAGACCAAGAUGGAGCAGGGCCGUCUGGACGCGACCGGCGUGAACAACAUCGCCGCUCUCGGCAACCUCAUACAGACGCAGAAAGUGCAGUACGACUUCAAGUAUUACAAGAUGGACUUUGAUUGCGAUGUUUGCAUACUCAUUUUGUCGGAAGGGAAGUCUUUGUUGCCUUGCGACUACCACAUACCAUUGCGGCCUGAAGAAUCCUCGCUGAAAAUCUUCGAUGCCAUCGUCGAGGCCGCUACAUACUACCUCAAAGAAGACAUCAUGAAUCUCAUCAGAACUUUCCUCACUAACAUGAAGAUGGUGAAAUAUACGAUAAAUGAUGAUUUAAAGUUCGUCGAAGAAGACUUCAUAGCCAUGCGAAGCGCGUCCACAGAACAGAAUCCGGUGACAGCAGACGAUCUCCACAGAUUACUGGUGCUAGCACGGCUGGUCAGCCUCUCUCGAGGGUACGACACUUUGAACAAGGAAUGCUGGGACCUCACAAAGAAGAUGGAGCAAGAAAGAAUAGAGAGAGUGAAGAAUAGGGUUGCCACAUUACAAGUUUAAGUUUUUAUUGUAUGUAUGUAUUAAAUAUUUUUUACUGUUGUGU